GCCCCUGAUGGAGAAGAAGCGACGGGCGCGCAUUAAUGUGUCUCUGGAGCAGCUCAAAGCAUUGCUAGAGAAACACUACUCACACCAGAUCCGGAAACGCAAGCUGGAGAAGGCGGACAUACUGGAGCUGAGCGUCAAGUACGUGAAAAGCCUUCAGAACUCCGUGCAAGGGCUCUGGCCGGUCCCCAGCGGAGCCGAGUACCCGUCGGGCUUCCGCGGCUGUCUGCCAGGCGUCAGCCAACUUCAGCGGCGCAGAGAGGAGGGCGGCGGCAGCCCGCGCUGCCCCCUGGUGCACGAGCGGGCGGGUGGCAGCACCAUGGACAGCGCCAGCCCCGGGCCCGAGGAGCCUGCGCCGCGCGGCCCCUGCGCCCCGGUCGUUUGGGCCCCUGACCCGGCCGCGGGCGGAUCCCGGUCCCCGCCACCCCGGCUCUUUGGAGGUCUCCCCGGCCCGCAGUCGGCGUCUCGCCGCUUCGCCGAGAGCCCGGGGUCCGGGCUGCGCUUGUGGCGGCCCUGGUGAGGCUCAGGUGCGGUCUCGGACUCAAGAGAGCCCUCGUCUUGCCUGGGGACGCAGAGACUGUUCUGAACCGCCCGAACCGCGGUCAUCGGUUCUGGUCCCGGGACGGGGUGGCCGGGAGGGAGCUGCGUAUCUGCGAACUCGGGGAGGUACAGGAAGCCGCGGUUGGACAGGGUUCUGCGCUUCUAGGCAUAGCCCAUCCCCCACCCCAGCCCUACCAACUCAGGCUGAACCCACUUUCUCCUCCCACCUUCUAGUAGAUCAGGGAGGGGGGUGUACCCGGCUGCGCCCCUUUCCCAGGGCCCCUGGCGGGCAGCCCGCCCCCACCCCCGCCCCGCGGCCGCGCCGCUGUGGGAAGGUCGCCGUCAGCAGCGGCGCAGAGCGGACCCCUCGCAGCGAGGAGAAUCGCUGCCCCGC